AAUAGUAUAAGAGAAACCAAAUUCUACAUUGUGAAUUUGUUUCAGCUUCCAAAACUAUGAGAUUCUCAGUCUUAACCUUUCUCUUAUUCUUAUUGGUAGCACAAGAAGCCACUUGCUUCAACAAACACACAACACUCGCUCAUUUCAGGAACAUACUUAAGGAUAGAAUGGCCUUUGCCCUAUCCCAACCACCCUCAGCAUCUCCAGAAACCAAAAUGAGUGGGAGAGUGGUGUACCCAGUUGAGUAUGGUGCAGACCCUACAGGGGCACAAGAAAGCAGUGAAGCAAUUCUAAAAGCUGUUGGAGAUGCUUUUGGGAUUCUGAGUGAACUUGAGUUGGUGGCAGGAGUUAAAGACCUUGGAGGGGUUGUGAUUGAUCUUCAAGGUGGAAACUACACAAUCAGCAAACCCAUCACAUUUCCUUCAUCUGGUGGUGGCAAUAUUGUGGUAAAAGGAGGAACAUUGAGAGCUUCUGAUUCAUUCCCUACUGGUCGACAUCUAGUUGAGUUAUGGGCUCCAAAUUCCCAAAAGCUUCCAAAAACAUCAGUUUUGAACAGCAUAAAACUUCAGCAACCUAAUGGCAUUUACUAUGAAGACAUAACAUUUAGGGACAUCCACUUUGAUUCUAGCUACAAGGGUGGAGGGAUAUUCAUUGUUGAUUCUGUUAGAACAAGGAUCAACAACUGCUUUUUCUUGCAUUUCACCACAGAAGGGAUUCUAGUCCAAGGUGGCCAUGAGACCUUCAUAACAAGCAGUUUCCUUGGGCAGCACUCAACAGUUGGUGGAGAUCCAGGGGAGAGGGAUUUCUCUGGCACUGCCAUUGAUCUUGCCAGCAAUGACAAUGCAAUCACUGAUGUUGCAAUUUUCUCUGCAGCCAUAGGGAUUGUUCUUAGGGGUCAGGCCAACAUGCUCACUGGGGUGCAUUGUUAUAACAAGGCCACAGGCUUUGGUGGCAUUGGCAUUUUGGUGAAACUAGUAGGGAAUUCACAAACUAGAAUUGAUAAUUGUUACAUGGACUAUACAGGUAUAGUCAUGGAAGAUCCUGUUCAAGUUCAUGUCACUAAUGGGUUUUUCUUAGGGGAUGCUAACAUAGUUUUGAAGUCAAUUAAGGGGCAAGUUUCUGGUUUGAAUAUAGUUAACAAUAUGUUCACUGGGAACCCCAAUAAUAAGGUUCCAAUUGUGACCCUAGAUGGCCAAUUCAGUAACAUUGACCAAGUGGCGAUUGAUAGGAACAAUGUGAUUGGCAUGAGCUUGAGAUCAACAGUUGGGAAGUUAACUGUGACUGGAAAUGGCACACAGUGGGUGGCUGAUUUUUCAAACGUUUUGCUAUUCCCAAAUAGGAUUAGCAAUUUUCAGUACUCAUUUUAUGCACAAGGGGAGCCAAAGUUUUUGGCACAUUCGGUCACCAAUGUGACUAAUAAUGUUGUAGUUGUGGAAAGUGAGAAAUCAGCUCAAGGGGUUGUUUCCUUCUUCGUUGAACAAUGAGUUGUAUAGGCUUUUCGUCUUUGUUUGUUAUUCUUUGAUGAAUAAAUUAAAUUGUGAUUCAUAAAAAAGAAAGGAAACACAAUUUUCAUUACAGACUUCCAGUUAGUCAACGGGUUUCAAAUAUGAAUUAUGUAUGACAUUUUUCU